UGCAACCUCCCUUUUUUGACUGGUCGCCAUUAAAAGUGCAACGAAUCCACCUGCAACACUAUCGUCAUCAAGCGCAACAGCACACAACAGCUGAAGCAAGCAACAAACAAAGACACCCCAUAUCACAGCAUCACGGCACACAAGAAGCAAAGCAAGCAAGCAAGAUGGCUGAGCGAGUGUGUGUGACCGGCGCCUCUGGCUACAUUGCCACGCACAUUGUGCAGCAACUGCUGGAGGCUGGCUACCAUGUGCGGGGCACGGUGCGUGACCCGUCCAACGAAGCCAAGACCAAAGUCUUGAUGGCCAUCGCCGAGAAGGCCCAAGCUGCAGACCGACUGGAGCUUGUCAAGGCGGACCUGCUGGACGAAGGCAGCUUCGACGAGGCUGUCAAGGGCUGCAAAUACGUCCUGCACACCGCAAGCCCCUUUCAGCUGCAGGCGCGCGGCAGCCCCGAGGAGUACUUUGUGAUCCCCGCGGUGAAGGGCACAGAGAACGUCCUCAACGCCGUGGCCAAGGCUGAUUCCGUGGAGCGCGUGGUGCUCACAUCGUCGUGUGCGGCGGUGGAAGGCUAUGCCGAUGAUAAGGACACCCCGUUCACAGAGGACGACUGGAACCGUACCUCUACCCUCAGCGAUGGAGCGUAUUCGCUCAGCAAGCGCCGUGCUGAGGAAGCGGCAUGGAAGAUGGCCGAGCAACAAGACAAGUACACGCUUGUGACCAUCAACCCUGCCUUUGUGAUGGGCCCAACGCUCACUGGCCGAAACGACACGGCCUCUGUUGAGUUCUUGAAGGUGCGCCUCGUUGUUGGUGUCGACGGCGUCGAUACGCACUGCCUUGUGGACGUGCGCGACGUCGCACUUGCUCACAUCAAGGCCAUGACUUCUCCAAAGGCUCAGGGCCGCUACAUCUGCAGUGCCAAGUCCAUGUCUGUGCUUGAGAUUGCCGCCGCCAUCAGUGCCAAGUACCCAAACUACCGCGUUCCAACGCGCAAGGUGCCAAAGUUCCUGCUGUAUCUGUUUGGGCCGUUUCAGGGGCUGAGCUGGUCGUUCAUCUCCCACAACGUCGGUGUUCCACUGGAGUUUGACAACUCCAAGAUCAAGCGCGACCUCGACUUUGAGUUCAGAGACGUCGACACAAGCUUGGUUGAGAUGGUGGACAGCAUGGUGCAGCAUGGCCUCAUCCCUGACCGUCGUUGAGUCCGAGUGUGACACGUCUCUCCACGCCUUUGUUUGACUCCUACGCUCGCUCGUCCUUACGCCUGGCAGCCUUCACAAACACGACACAAACACACACACACACACGCACACACACGCACACAAUGGUCCUAUUGCUGCCUCUCCUAU